GGGUAUCUGCAACGCCCCCUCGACCUUUCAGCGAGCCAUGAACAUGGCUUUUCAGAAUUUCGUGAGAAAGACUCGUUUAGCACAGAGCAUCGUCAACUACUGCGUGAUUGUGUAUAUGGAUGAUAUCUUAGUGUAUUCGAGUUCCUACGAGGGACACGUGCAGCACAUCGAAUUGGCACUGCACGCGUUACGGGAUGCGGGCUUCAAGGUGGCGCUUGAGAAGUGUCAGUUUUUUCUCACCACCGUUUCCUUCCUAGGGCACGUGGUGACAGACAAGGGACUCCAGCCGGAGCCACAAAAGGUGGCAGCUGUCAGGGAUGCGCCGGUGCCUACAACUAUCACGCAAGUUCGCGCCUUUCUGGGCCUGGCCUCGUACUACCGAAGAUUUAUCAAGGGCUUCGCGGCGAUUGCGGGACCCGUCACGAAUCUGCUGCGCAAAAAUCAGCCGUUGAUCUGGACGCCGGAGUGCGAUCAAGCGUUUUCUAAACUGAAGGCCGCUCUCAUUUCGGCUCCGGUCCUUAUAAGUCCGGAUCCCGAAAAACCUUUUGUUCUCAUCACUGACUGGCAGCCAGAGGCGAUUUUGGCGAUCCUUGCCCAGGUGGGACCAAGCGGACUCGAGAAUGUGGUGGAAUACGCCUCCAAAUCGGUGCCAACUUGCAAGCGCAACUACGCCGCUCCRACGGGGGAAUGCUACGCGGCUCUUUGGGGAAUCAGCCACUUUCGCGCUUACCUGUACGGUCGAAAGUUCACCUUGGUAACUGAUCAUGAGCCCUUGUUGGCUCUGAAGAAAUCGAAGGAUUACUCUGGCAUGAUCGGGCGAUGGGCAACGGUGCUGCAGAGCAUGGACUUUGACAUUCGUGAUGUGGACACAGACCAGCAGGCAUCCUGCGUGGAUCGAAAAUCCGAACUGCUAAUCAUCCAAGCUUGGAGGACUAACGCGGAGGGCGAUCUUCUUGGCUUUCUCUUUGGAUCGGUACAGCCGGGGCGCCACCAGCUGAUUGCGCAAGAGCUCAUCGCACCAAUCGUGCAAUUGGCGGACGAUCUCUCGCCCGACAUCUAUUUACAGAGUGACGACAGUCCUGCUCCGUACAUUUUCGAGCGAUCAUUGGAUCCGUACCUUCAGUGGACUGCGUGCUUGGAGGAACCCAGGGACGAGGAUACGCUACCAUCGCGGCAGGAGUAUCUGAAGCCGUAUGAUAUCAUCCCUCACGCCUUCUAUCCGAGGGCAGAGGAAGUGGUGAUCGACGACGACGAUGAAGAGGACGAAGACGAUGAAACAUCGGAGGAGGGGAGCAAUAGUGAACAUAGCGAGGGCGAGCUGAGCGGAGGAGAAGAGGAGGAAGAAGAAACCGGAUCUGAGUGGGAAGCCUUGCCGGAGGAAGCGACGCGUACGGGAACGGAGACGGAAGAUCCGGAAGCGGCGCGAAAGCGCGAAGAAAUUGCCACUGGGAAGCGCCAACUGGAGUUCGCCAACGAAGCUAGCCUGCACAUCGGUAACGAUCUGACCAGGGAUCCAGAGCCGCCGAAGCCCGAAGAUGGCGACCUUGCAGCCGCCACCUCAAGUACCGCGCGAUGGAGACGGAGCCGAUCCCCCUCCUCCUCCAGCCCCACCCGUCCCCCAGUUCGCCCACGUACCGAUGCGGGCGAUAGGCCUUCGUCCUCGGACGCUGUCCCGCCGACCCCUUGAUUUCCUCACCCUCGAGCAGAUCCGUACCCCUGUCACCUUCCCUUCCCAUCCCUUCCUUCCCCAUCUCUUCCGCGACUUCUAUUGUACCCGCCUACUUGCCACGUCCACCCUCAUGCCUCCCUUCAAUCCGCUGCCCCCACAAUCUGCUGGCAUCUCCUGCUGUUCAGCGCUGCAUGGGAGCGAUGCAACGUGGUAGAGGUUUACUGCGUUGCCACGGGGACAAYCCCCGCCUGCCGCCACUACGAGUUCUUUCGAGCGGCGCUUUUCCACACCCUCUCCUCCUUCUAUCGCGACUACCUUGCUUCCCUCCCUCGCAGCGGYGAUCACUUCCCCCACUUCCACCGGAUCAUCCGAUAUGAGGAGCUUCCGGUGACGAUGGAAGGAAUGAAUCGCUUCCUACCGC